UCUCUCCCCCGCCCCCUCCUUUCCCUCCCGUUCCCCCUCAACAGUAAUGAUUUUAUUUCUCGUUAGAGGGCAUCGUAGUUGAGGAAUCUGAGGUGGGGUGGUUGUUGAAUCGUUGAUGAUGUGAAAAAAAGUUUUCAUUUUUAGCCUCAACAAAUAUCCCAUUUCUUUAAGAAACCAACAGAAUCACGCGUCUGCACGAGCGGUUUUUAUCCCCACUGCUGUGAUCUUUAUAAAACAAAUAGCCCCUUUUCCAGCUUUUUACAUUUAUAUAUGUACAACUUAUCCCCUCAACAUUUUCUGGGUUCUUGAGUUUGUUGGAUUGAUUAUUGUUCUGGGUUUUCCUCGUCCUCCUUCCUCUUUGCUUGUCUCUCAUCUGUUCGGGAUUUCUGAGGUGUAAUGUUGAUAAUGUCGCAACAAAGGCAAUUCCAGAUGGUGGGAGGGCAAUACAACGACACAACAUUGACAAAAAUCUUCGUGGGAGGGCUAGCCUGGGAGACUCAGAGGGACACAAUGAGCAGGUAUUUUGAGCAGUUCGGGGAGAUCCUUGAAGCUGUUGUUAUCACAGACAAGAACACAGGGAGAUCCAAGGGUUAUGGCUUUGUCACGUUUAAGGAUCCGGAAGCAGCCAUGCGAGCAUGUCAGAAUCCUUCUCCAGUUAUUGAUGGCAGAAGAGCAAACUGCAAUCUCGCUUCUCUUGGUGCAAACAAGAAUCGGCCUCCAACUCCUCAAGCUGGUGCAGGAAGGUUCGGGGCAGCACCUGAACUGGUGGGCAUGCCUGCAUAUCAUGGCUCUUCGCCCACAAUUUGCCGUCAACCCACUGGGCAAUACACAUUUCCAUAUUCAGCUUACGGUUACAAAUACGCUGGAUAUUCAGAAGACUCCAUGUAUCCCUUGAAUUAUUAUAGUGUGUAUGGAGGUCAACAAUUUUCACCAUACUAUUCAUCCAGUGGGGCAUCUGGGGUAGCAGGGUUAAUGAGUAAUAUUUACCCAUUCUAUACUCAAUAUGCACAGAGUGGCCAAGUUCAUGGUUUUGGAGUUCACUAUCCUCAAAUGGUACACUUCCCACUUCUUCAUCAACACCACUAUGCCACUGCCUCUCCUCCAGUCCCAUCAUUUUCUUCUUCAAUGCCAAUGCCAGCCACUAGCGAAGUGGCAGCAUCAGUAGGGGCAGGAGCUUCACAAGUCUCUGCAGUAAAAGCUUCAGAGCAGAACUCUUCAACUUAAAUCUCUACAGAGGGAUGAAGAAAUAACAUUCUGCUUCAAGGUUAAAUACGGGGAAACGGGUCAAGAAUAAAGAAGGGAAGGAAGAUAAAGGAAGCCUUUUGAAGUUGUGUUGAUUCAAAACUCAAAGGGGGAAAAAGAAGAAAAAGUCACUAGCUAGUAUCAAUCUAUCAGAGUCCUCAAUUCAAGCCCAAAAUCAUCAUUACAAAAGAAACAAGUCCGGUUUAAGAAUUGUCUAUUUUCUUUACUUUUUAGAAGCAGGAGAGGAUCAUAUUGAUUCAAUAUUGUAUUAAUUAAAUGAUGAGAUAGAAUCCAAAACUGGGAGCUUUGGAUUCUACCUUAGGCGUCAGACUAAUUUUACUGGUUGAACUCUUAUUAUGUCUUGGAUGGAGGGAGCAUCCAAUGACACGGUCCUAUAAUGGGUUCAAAAAGAUUGGUUUUGUAUCUUUGAACCCUUUGAUUGGUUGGUCAACUAGGAAAGGUGAGCUUGGAUAGCUCAGUUUGCUAACUUGUAAUAUCCUUUUUCAGUUCUUUGUUGGCUAAUAUUCAUAUAUGAUACAUGUUUUAUAAGGCAGGAUUAGAUGGGCAUAGAAGGUUAUAUGUCACUUUUAUUAGUUUCUUUUCUCACAGAUAAUGAUGCUUUUCAGUUAUUUCAACAACAAAAAAAAAAAGGAUGCUUUUCAGUCC